AUGUUAAAACAGAAACUUCUUGUCUUAUUUUUCUUCUUAUUUCUGAUUAGUGGUCAAUUUUCCUACGCACGACUACAUACGAAUAAACACCAAGAAAAUGAUGAUGAUCACAUAUAUCGUUUAUUGAAACGAUUUUUCUCGUCUCAAUCUGGAAUUGGUUCAACACAAAAACCGUCGAAUGUCCUCAAUAGUCUGGUAUAUCCAGGAUCGACUGCCAAAGCACAAGUGUCAUCCCAACGUAGCACAAAUUCACCAUCAUCAAGUGCAUGCCUAUCACACGCAUGUGAACAUGGAGGUAUUUGCAUUCCAAGAGGACAAUAUGUAUACGAUUGUAAAUGCAUUGGGCCAUGGCGAGGAAUCUAUUGUGGAAUUCCGGAUGCUUGUUAUAGAUUACCCUGUCAAAAUGGUGGUACUUGUCUAAACAUGCAUGAUGAUUAUUGGUGCAAGUGUAUAGAUCCAUAUUACGGGAUCAACUGCCAAUUAAAGUAUUCCAGUUCGGUUUAUUCUGAGGAUCGUUGUCGACCCUAUAUCUGUAAUACGGGUCGAUGUAUUUCUCUACAAACUACGUAUUAUUGCCAAUGUCCUGAUGAUCGCUAUGGUGAACAUUGCGAGAAACAAUUUUACAAAAGAACUAUUGAUAGCUAUCAAUCGUAUCGAAGCUUAUCCAAGAAGAAUACAAGAAACAAUUAA